AUAUCAGAACUUAGAAAGGCAUAACUGUAAUUUUCCAAACAGAAGGACACAGUUAAUAAACAAGGGUUUAUGCUGAGGAGGGUUUAGCAUUACCUUCAUUCUCGUCACAAAUGGCAUCUCUGCAAGCUAUCAGCCGCUCGCGAUGUUCGAAGUUCUCUUACUUGUUCAAGGUACGACCUUUGCAUCCUUCUCCUUUUGCUUCCAUUAAUAGCUUUGGCAACAACCUUCAAACCCUAGCCAAAACCCUAAGCACCUCCACGGUCCCUUAUGAAUUCCAAAGGUCUCCUCCGCUGCAACGUCCACCGUCCGAUUCUUGGUCUUUCCCUGAUCAGGGAAACCCUGGCGAGUGGGGAUCACAGUCACAGGGACAUGGCCACCCCCAAAGUGGAAACACAAACCCUAACCAGUGGAACUCACAGGGCCAAAUCCCCAAUAAUCAAUUAGCGUACCAGAGCCAGAACCCGAGCUGUGAUCGUGGGUAUCCUAAUCAGGGUCAGAAUCGCGGAAUUCCUGACCAGGGAAAUCCUGGGUAUGGAAACAAUCAAUGGAACACUCAGACUCAGUAUCAGAACUUGAAUCAAUUGAACACUCAGAACCUGGAUUAUCAGCAAUCCAGAGGGCCGUAUCAGUGGAACAACCCGAAUCAAAGUUCCCCUCAACGCCCAAACCCCAGUCAGUGGACUGGGCAAGUUCAAAACUCUACUCAAAUGACCAACACUCAAGCUUCAAAUCGAGGCCAGGCUUUCGAGAAUCAGAUGCCCAAUGUUAUCCAACUUUCUGUUUCAGAUUUAGGCCGACUCUGCCAAGAGGGGAAGGUUAAAGAAGCCAUUGAAUUGAUGGACAAGGAAGGGGUGAAAGCGGAUGCAAAUUGUUUUCAUGCUUUGUUUGAGUUAUGUGGGCAAUCGAAGUUGUUAGACAAUGCGAAAAAGGUUCAUGAUUUUUUUUUGCAAUCGACCUGGAGGAGCGAACGUCAGUUGAUCAAUAAGGUGAUUGAAAUGUAUGUGAAAUGUGGGAGCAUGACUGAUGCACGGAGAGUGUUCGACUAUAUGACUGACCGGACUCUUGAUUCUUGGAAUUUGAUGAUAAAUGGAUAUGCAGAUAACGGAUUGGGAGAUGAUGGAUUGCAAUUAUUUGAGCAGAUGAGGGAAAAAGGAUUCCAACCUAAUUCUGAGACUUUUCUUGCAGUGUUCUCGGCUUGUGGUAGUGCAGAUGCUGUGGAAGAAGCCUUUAUACAUUUCGAAUCAAUGAAAACUGAGUAUGGAAUUGCUCCAGAGAUGGAGCAUUAUCUGGGGAUACUUGGUGUUUAUGGUAAGUGUGGACAUCUACGUGAAGCAGAGGAUUACAUAGCAAAACUCCCUUUCGAGCCCACUGUGGCAGUUUGGGAGGCUUUGAGAGAUUAUGCUCAGAUUCAUGGGGAUGUUGAUCUUCAAGACCGUACUGAGGAGAUCAUCACUGUUCUUGACCAGUCUAAGGCUGUUACUAAUAAGAUUCCUACUCCACCACCCAAAAAGCUUAAUGCCAUUAACAUGCUAGAUGGAAAGAACAAGAUUGUUGAGUUCAAAAGCCCAACUCUAUACAAGGAUGAUGAGAAGUUGAAAGCCCUGAGUGGAAUGAGAGAAGCUGGUUAUGUGCCUGACACGAGAUAUGUGCUUCAUGACAUUGAUCAGGAAGCCAAGGAGCAGGCCUUGCUUUAUCACAGUGAGCGGCUGGCAAUUGCAUAUGGCCUUAUUAGUACUCCGGCGAGGACACCUCUUAGGAUCAUUAAGAAUCUCCGAGUCUGUGGAGAUUGCCAUAAUGCCAUCAAGAUCAUGUCUAAGAUUGUUGGGAGGGAAUUGAUUGUUAGAGACAACAAAAGAUUUCAUCAUUUCAAGGACGGAAAAUGCUCUUGUGGGGACUACUGGUAACUUCUAUGAUCCGCGUUUACCAUUAUACACAGCUGACAAAGAUUUUCUCCCUCAUUACAAUUAUUGCGUAAAGCUUGAAAAUUGACAAGGUUGAUGGGAUUUUAUGGAAGUGGCCAUUUGCAGCUAUAUAAUAUAAUGUAUUGUCCUGUUGCUAUGAAUUCAAUCAAUUAUUUUCUAGAAUGUCAAAUAUAAUUACCUUUCUUCUUUC